GCCAACCGCCGCGCCUGGGGAGGAGCUGCGGCCCGCGGGGCCGGAGCCAGGCCUGCGUCCGGACAUUAGCCGGAGCCGGAGCGAGAGCCGGAGCCUGGGCGUCCCCGCCCUCUCCCCCCCUCAGGGACAGCGUCCGCUGGGCCCCCGCGCGUCGCGCCAUGGACUCGGACGAGGGCUACAACUACGAGUUCGACGAGGACGAAGAGUGCAGCGAGGAGGACAGCGGUGCCGAGGAGGAGGAGGAGGACGAGGACGAGCCGGACGAUGAUAACCUGGAUCUGGGCGAGGUGGAGCUGGUGGAGCCAGGGCUGGGCGUCGGCGGGGAGCGGGACGGAUUGCUGUGCGGGGUGACGGGCGGCGGCGGUGGCAGUGCUCUGGGACCCGGCGGUGGCAGCAGCGGUGGCGGCGGCGGCGGCGGGCCGGGGCACGAGCAAGAGGAGGAUUAUCGCUACGAGGUGCUCACGGCCGAGCAGAUACUGCAACACAUGGUGGAAUGUAUCCGGGAGGUCAACGAGGUCAUCCAGAAUCCAGCAACUAUCACAAGAAUACUCCUUAGCCACUUCAAUUGGGAUAAAGAGAAGCUAAUGGAAAGGUACUUUGAUGGAAACCUGGAGAAGCUCUUUGCUGAGUGUCAUGUAAUUAAUCCAAGUAAAAAGUCUCGAACACGCCAGAUGAAUACAAGGUCAUCAGCACAGGAUAUGCCUUGUCAGAUCUGCUACUUGAACUACCCUAACUCGUAUUUCACUGGCCUUGAAUGUGGACAUAAGUUUUGUAUGCAGUGUUGGAGUGAAUAUUUAACUACCAAGAUAAUGGAGGAAGGCAUGGGACAGACUAUUUCGUGUCCUGCUCAUGGUUGUGAUAUCUUAGUGGAUGACAACACAGUUAUGCGCCUGAUCACAGAUUCAAAAGUUAAAUUAAAGUAUCAGCAUCUAAUAACAAAUAGCUUUGUAGAGUGCAAUCGACUAUUAAAGUGGUGUCCUGCCCCAGAUUGCCACCAUGUUGUUAAAGUACAAUAUCCUGAUGCUAAACCUGUUCGCUGCAAGUGUGGGCGUCAGUUUUGCUUUAACUGUGGAGAAAAUUGGCAUGAUCCAGUUAAAUGUAAGUGGUUGAAGAAAUGGAUUAAAAAGUGUGAUGAUGACAGUGAAACCUCUAAUUGGAUUGCAGCCAACACAAAGGAAUGUCCCAAAUGCCAUGUUACAAUUGAGAAGGAUGGCGGUUGUAAUCACAUGGUCUGUCGUAACCAGAACUGUAAAGCAGAGUUUUGCUGGGUGUGUCUUGGCCCUUGGGAACCACAUGGAUCUGCCUGGUACAACUGUAACCGCUAUAAUGAGGAUGAUGCAAAGGCAGCAAGAGACGCACAGGAGCGAUCUAGGGCAGCCCUGCAGAGGUACCUGUUCUACUGUAAUCGCUAUAUGAACCACAUGCAAAGUCUACGCUUUGAGCACAAACUGUAUGCUCAGGUGAAGCAGAAAAUGGAGGAGAUGCAACAGCACAACAUGUCCUGGAUUGAGGUGCAAUUCCUGAAGAAAGCAGUUGAUGUCCUCUGCCAGUGUCGUGCCACACUCAUGUACACUUAUGUCUUCGCUUUCUACCUCAAAAAGAAUAACCAGUCCAUUAUCUUUGAGAAUAACCAAGCAGAUCUAGAGAAUGCCACAGAGGUGCUUUCGGGCUACCUUGAACGAGAUAUUUCCCAAGAUUCUCUACAGGAUAUAAAGCAGAAAGUACAAGAUAAGUACAGAUACUGUGAGAGUCGACGAAGGGUUUUGUUACAGCAUGUUCAUGAAGGCUAUGAAAAAGAUCUGUGGGAGUACAUUGAGGACUGAGAAUGACCCUGCAUAAAAUGAACUCCGAAAACUUCACCAUCUAGAGUGCUCAUGCAAUGAAAACAAACACAAACAAGGAGGCACUAAGCCCAUUCUGAUACUGCUGGUCUGUAGUACCAGAAUUCUGUUUUGUUAACAGAAAGUUUAAGUAAAUUAUAUUGUAAUAAAAAAAAGGUAGAUAAACCAUUGUACAACAGUAUUCUAGGCCGCCAAAGUGUGACAGACACACUAAAAGCCCUCCAACUUUAACUUGUAACGUAGCUUCAUUCUCAAAGCUGACUUCUUUUUUUUUUUUUUUCUUUUUCCUGAGUGUAGUACAGUUAAAAUUUGAAACAGGUCCUUGACACUGCUUUUCAUGCCCAAACCAGUCAUUUUGUUGUACUUUGGUAAAGGACCUCUUCCUCCCCUACACAUACAAAUGCACCCACACACAGAGACUGACUCUCUUUCUCUCAUACCCCAAGGUAAUGAGUGAAUGAUGUUUAGUUCCUUGUAAAGAAAAUUCUUGGGGCGGGAAGUGGGUAGGCAGCAAAAAGAAUUAAAAAACGACAAAAAAAAAAAAAAAACUUUGUAUAUGACUUUUAAAACAAGAGGACAACACAGUAUUUUUCAAAAUUGUAUAUAGCACAUAUGCAUGGACAAAGCAAGCGUGGCACGUGUUUGCAUAAUGUUUAAUUACAAAAAAUAUUUAUUCUUUAAAAAUCUUCAACAUUAUGUCUAUUUGCUGUGCAUUUUCUUUCAAUUUUCUUGAACUUUCCACAGUUGAAGGUUGGGAUAAAAAAAAAAAAAAAACCUCUUGGUUUAGCACCUCUGGAAGACAUGAGAACUCUUUGAUUUCCCUUUCCUGAGAUUACUUGCCCUUUCUGGUUUUCAUAUGUCUGUUGCUGGCCAUGGGUCUCAUACCCAGUGGCUUGAUCAGGGCCAGGGAGAUCAAGCCCUGACAACACUAUGGCCUGGUAAGGACUGCAACAGGGAGCUUAGUUGCUACAGUUCAAGAAUAACCUAGUCCCCAGCCUCCCUUUCCCUUUCAUGGCCUCGUGCAUCUACUGAAGCCUUCAUGUGCCUAUGUUAUGCACAGGUGAAGGUUUUCCUAGGCUCCUAGCCAUCCAGAGGAAACAUUUCAGUUUUUUUCCUUUAAUUGCUGCUUUGAGCCUUUUAAGAUUUUGGUUAUGGCUCUUCUCUCACCCUUUCUUUACAUUAGGGUAUCAAAUAGAAUGUUUUUGCUUUAAAUAUAAAUAUAAAUAAAAAUAAAUAGCCAUUGACUUAGUUUCAGAUUGUGAAUUUAAAAUGGCAGAUAUUAAAAUUGCUUGUGUGUGUUGCUGUGGGUUCAGUUUGAAGGCAAACAUCCCUAGAACAUGUUCCCAUCUAGUGCAUUUAAACAGAAAUCACUGACUUUGCUUCUUUUUCAUUGUCAGCAGAUAGGAAAAUUAAUAACCCAUUAUAGCUGUCAUGUCCAUUUUUAUGAAAUUUCUACUAAGAGCUAUGUUAAAAGUAAAGGAUGGUGGUGGUUUUAUUAAUUAUAUACCUGUUUAGGCCAUUCUGGCUGUGGUAUUUUUCAACAGGUCAACAUCCCUAAAUAUGUCAGUUUUAUACAGGAGUGCAGGGUGAAUUGUUAACUAGAUUAAGAGGUCUUAAUAUUAAAUACCAGUUUGGGUUGAGGACCUCUUUGUCUUCCUUUAAAUGUCUUGCGCCUAGGGAGGGUUUACCUUUUGUGAGGCAGCUUCGUCUGCUCUUGCAUUGUACAUCGUAUUACUCCAUUGGGAAGUAGGUUCACUUUCCUCUGGCCUUUUGCCUAAGUUAGGCUUUGCUGAAUCAACCCACUUUUCCUUUUAGAAAAGGUUACAUGAGAUGUACUUGCAACUGUUCUUUUCCCAUCAAAAAUUAGUGAAUGUUUGCUGAGUAUAUUAUGCUGCUUCCUUAAACCUCUUGUCGCUUUAGGAUCAACUUUACCUGUACCUUUAAUCCUUUCUCCCUUGCCACCUCAGGUGUAGAUCAGAACUCAAUGUCUGCUUCUUCUGUGUCCUCUUCUCCCCUUACAUCCAUUUCACUUUAUUUUAAAUGACUGUAUCAAUCUUAAAAGGCAUUUAUCAAACUAAGGAUUUUUUUUAAAAAGAAAGCUUGAAUAAGUUCCUUUCCCUGGUAACUUUGAAAUGCAGCCAGAGUUGCUAUCUAGAUAUAUGUGGCUCCCUUAAUCAAAA